AUGGCAAGACCAAAGACUUAUUUCGACAUUUCCAUAAAUGAUAUUCCCCAAGGACGUAUAGUCUUCGAACUAUACAACGAUGUAACUCCAAAGACUGUUGAAAAUUUCCUUCAAUUAUGUGAAGGAACCCAUGGUUUUUGUAAAUCUGACUCUUCUAUCCCAUUGUCUUACAAGGGAUCCAUUUUUCAUCGUGUCAUCAAAGAUUUCAUGCUACAAUUUGGUGAUUUCACCAGAGGAGAUGGUACAGGUGGUGAAAGUAUAUACGGUGAAAAAUUUGAAGAUGAAAAUUUCCAAUUGACUCAUGAUAGACCAUUCCUUCUAUCUAUGGCUAAUGCUGGCCCUAACACUAACGGGUCUCAAGCAUUUAUUACUACAGUUCCUACACCGCACUUGAAUGGCAAACAUGUCGUCUUUGGUGAAGUUAUUCAAGGUAAACGUGUUGUUAGAAUCAUUGAGAAUUUACAAUGUGACCAAGAAAAUAAUAGACCAAUGAAACUUGUUAAAAUCGAUGAUUGUGGUAGAUUGCCCGAUGAUUACGUGGUUCCAGCUGAUGCUGAAGCUACUCCAACUGAUGAAUUCGGUGAUAAUUACGAAAUUUCUUUGAAAGAUGACAGUAAAGUUGACAUGAAUGAUUUCGAUUCUGUUAUCAAAGCGGUUGAAACCGUUAAGAAUGUUGGUACUGAACAAUUCAAAAAACAAAAUUAUAAAGUGGCAAUGGAUAAAUACAAAAAAUGUGAUAAAUAUUUGAAAGAAUAUUUCCCUGAAGAUCUGAAUGAGGAACAAAUAGCAAAGAUUAAUACAUUGAAAGUCCAAGUUCCCUUAAAUAUUGCCCUUAGCGCCUUGAAAGCACAGGAUUAUCCAACUGUCUUGACAGCUAGUUCUGAAGUAUUAUAUGCGGAAGGUGCUACUGAUACAGCUAAGGCCAAGGCACUAUACCGUCGUGGGUUAGCCUACUAUCAUGUUAACGAUACUGAUAUGGCAAUGACAGAUUUAGAGCUAGCAGCCACCUAUCGUCCAGACGACGCUGGAAUUGCCAAGGCAAUUCAAGAUACAAAGAAAAGGCAAAAGAUCCAAACUGCUAAGCAAAAGAAGUCAUUAUCUAAGAUGUUCAGUUAA